AUACAGGAGGAAGUGGCCGGAGGAAAAGAAUCAUGCAGAGGGAAGCUUAGCUGAGGCAGACAUGGGCUCAAGCAGAGCUGGUGGUAGGAGAAACGGACAGGUAAGUAGAUGGGAUGAGCAGAUCAUCUAUGGAUUGAAUGACGACGACCAUGCUUAUAGUGCGAAUAAAGAGUGUCAUGUGCUACUGAUUCAUAUGGCACGGGGGUCUAUGUGAAUAAGGAGUGUGUUAUUUGGGAUCCAUUUUCACAUGGCACGGCUCAGCACCCUGAUUCACGCUCGUCACCAUCCUCCUAUCCUUCCUAUUCGGCUAUUCCUAAGAAUCCAAACCCCUCCCUCUGCUGCCUGUGCCUGCUGGCUGCUGCUUCUAUUUCUACUUUCUAGGAAGAUGCCCUUUCCCUCUUCCGCUCAGGUCUCUGUUCUUCCGUUCUCCGCUUCCUGGAGUGGAGCUUGAAGAACCCAACAAACACGAUCCCUAGAACUAACACACUCGGGUUGCUGCUUAAUAACCAACCCCCACUCCCCAGCAAACAACAUCCAUCACACCCCCAAUAAAUACGUUAAAAAGUCCCAAGUUGAUGGCAUUCUUCCAUCUGCCUAUGCUCCUGCUCCUUUUUCUCUGUUGGUCGACCUUGGAGCUCGCUGGCUUCAAUCCUCUGAUCCAAGAGCUCCCAGGUUCCUCCUCUGAGGGUCGGUCUGUCUCCGUGGACGAUUUCGGCGCCAAAGGGGAUGGCUACACUGACGACACUAAGGCAUUUGGAGAUGCUUGGCUGUUUGCAUGUUCUUCACCUUACAAGAGAAUUAUUGAAAUUCCAGCAGGGAAAGUGUAUCUGGUGAAACCCAUUGAUUUUGCGGGCCCUUGUAAAUCAAAGCUCACAUUGUUGAUCAUGGGAACUAUCAUUGCUCCACCAGAUCCUAAGAUCUGGGAUGGUCAAAAUACACGGAAAUGGCUUUAUUUUCAUGGAAUACGGAGGCUAAUUGUCACAGGUGGAGGCACAAUUAAUGGCAUGGGUCAGAAGUGGUGGUCUCAAUCUUGCAAGAUCAACAGAACAAAACCAUGCCAACAUGCGCCAACGGCAAUUACUUUCCACAGAACCAAGCAUCUUAUUAUCCAAGAAUUGACUCUGAUGAAUAGCCAGCAGAUGCAUAUGUCAUUCACUAACUGCUUUCAUGUUAAAGCAUCUCGAAUGAAAUUGGUUGCACCUCCAUAUAGUCCAAAUACUGAUGGAAUACACAUAAGCGCAUCUACCUCUGUUGAAAUUCAAGAUAGUACCAUUGAAACAGGAGAUGAUUGCAUUUCUGUGGUCAGCAAUUCAUCUAAUGUCCGCAUAAGGAAUAUUGCAUGUGGGCCUGGCCAUGGCAUAAGUAUUGGCAGCUUGGGCAAAUCUAGGUCACUUUCUCAAGUGCACGACGUGCGAGUUGAUGGUGCAUGUAUCUCCAACACUGAAAAUGGUGUAAGAAUCAAGACAUGGCAGGGGGGAUGUGGUUUUGUCAGCAAUAUAAUUUUCCACAAUAUUUUCAUGAGGAAUGUUUCAAAUCCAAUCAUCAUAGAUCAAUACUACUGUGAUUCUCCGCACCAAUGUGCAAACCAGACAUCUGCUGUUAAGGUGGAGGAUGUUUCAUUUAUAGGCAUCAAAGGUACAUCAGCUACGGAGAACGCCAUAAAAUUUGUUUGCAGUGAUAGUUUCCCCUGUGAGAGAAUAUUCUUGGAGGACAUAUAUUUAGCCUUUUCUGGAGGGGAGCCGACUUCUUAUUGCUGGAAAGCAUCAGGCCUUAGUUUUGGUCUGGUUCAUCCACCCUCCUGCCUUUCAAGCUCUGGUCACCUCAGUCUGAACAAAACAAAUGGUUUCCCAGCAUCCCAGUAUGCUGCUGUGAGAAUAUGAAUUUCACUACCUCA